AUGUUUCUGGCUGCUUCCUUUCAACGUUUCGUAUCCGGCCAGCAUUCGAUCACCAAAAGAAUUGCACCGGAGAAAGGUAAUUGGGGGCAUGAACGAGGAUGGAAAUAUUGCUCAGCUAAUAAAUGGGCUAUCGGAUUUCGUCUAAAAGUGGAAGCAGAUGCGGCACGGGCGGAUGAUACGGCUAUGAAUGCAAUGGAAUUAGUGUGUGCAAACACGAAGAAAGAAAAAUACGAAUUUAUAAAAGAAAUUGAAGGACAUUGGGGCAAUUGGGGUAGCUAUUCUUACUGUCCGCAAAUCGGUGAUUUUUUAUCGUCAGUAAGAUUCAAAAUUGAGCCACCUCAAGGAGCUGGUAUUGGCGCUCAAGAUGAUACAGCUGCUAAUGAUGUUGAGUUUAUUUGUUCCAAAUCCUAUGCUACCAUCAUUUCAACGAACGGUGAAAAAUGGGGUAAUUGGAAGGCAUUUGUAUCCUGUCCGCAUGGAUCAGCUAUCUGUGGAUUUUCCUUGAUUUGGGAAGAUAACCAAGCAGGAAUCGAUGAUACAGCUGCAAAUGGCGCAUUAUUUGAUUGUUGUAAAUUAGAACGACCACAAGUUGGAAAAUGUAACGUUUGGGGUGAUCCACAUUUGAAAAUGUUUGGUCAAUAUCCCGGUGCAAUCCGAGAUCAAUACAUUUGUUCCGAUUCUGGUACUUUUCUAUUACUGAAGAAUCGACUAAUUAAUGCUACAAUAACAACGACAGACACUCAUCCUUGGUUCAUAUAUGAGGUUAGUCCUGAGGUGAAAUAUUAUAAUAUUGAAAUUGAAUUGGAUUAUUACUCGAUCAUCGGUGAAUCAACUGGUUUAUGUGUGCGUCCAAUGGGCGGGUGUAAAUUUGAAAUCCAAAGUCGUCGUCGAAAACGAGAAGUCAAUUUUCUUCGUAAAGCUUAUCCAACGAAUCAAGAACAAAAGGUAAGCCAAAUGUCUGAACAAAUAUGUCAAGUGCAUGUUGAUGAAAUGUCAAAAGUAAUUGGAAAAUUGAAUAUUUCAAUCGACGCAUUGACUGAUCAUUAUGUUAUUGAAGACGUCAUAACAGCGUGCGUUUUUGAUUUACAAACAACUGGCGAUAAAGAGCUCGCAGCAAGCAUUAUGUAUGUUUUACUAUCGGAAGGUAUGAUGUUCUUACCACCAAUGAAUGAUACGGCAUAUACAGCCUAUUGGCAUCAAGGAUUACAACUAAUGAACGAAGUACUUAUUGAAGUUCAAAAACAGAUUGGGCCACUUUCUUGA